CACCACGCCCGUUCGCGCGCCCCGUCUCUGCAAAAGGUGUUUUAUUUCUUGGCUGAGUUGCUUUCACCAUGGCGGAGAUGGCAGAGCUUUGCGAGCUGUACGAAGAAAGCAACGAGCUGCAGAUGGAUGUGCUGCCCGGCGAGGGCGAUAUGGAGGUAGGCCGCGGGGCCCGCGGGCCGGUCCCGGAGGAGGGCCCCAUGGAGGAGGAGGCCGGGCCGUCCGCCGCCCGCGCCCAGCGCGGCCUGUUCCCCGAGGCUGGCGCGGACCUGGAAGGUGACGAGUUUGAUGAUUGGGAGGACGACUUCGAGUUCCCUGAAGAGGAGCGCUGGAACGGCGCGAUGCACAGGGUGUCCGCCGCGCUGGAGGAAGCCAACAAGGUGUUCCUGAGAACGGGGCGAGCCGGUGAUGGCCUGGAUGGCGGGUUUCAGGCGCGGUGCGAGAAGAGCCCUUUCGACCAGCUCGCUUUUAUCGAAGAGCUGUUUUCGCUGAUGGUUGUCAAUCGACUGACCGAAGAGCUCGGUUGUGAUGAGAUCAUUGAUCGAGAGUAAAUGCUGACGAAAGAGGAGGAAACUACCUGAGAGGGAGAGAUUCAACGUUCUGCUAUUUUGGGGUUCAUUCCAAAUAGUUCUGUGCAAAAAAUAAAAACAGUUGGUUUUUGUUUCUCGGAAUAGAAGACAGGACAGUGAACGACCAUGCAUUGUGGAAAAGGAGAAUCGAGGAAGGAGGAGUGUUAAACCUGAGAAUCGCGAGGAGAAAAGACCCAAUUGUUCCUGCUUGGUCUCACAGGGGCUCAGCAAAACCUCUGGUACAGACUGUUGAUCGAGAUGAUUUUCCUUACAUUGGAGAAGAGCUUUCUCGUGUUAAGCUUUUAAAGAUGGGUUGGAAGAGUAAAUCGUGACUGCCAAUACAAGAACCUAUUUAAAGAAUGGGGGAAAAUACAUCCACAAGAUAUCUUUAAUUAGAACUAAAAGCUAUUGAAAAAAAACUUUACAAAUUCUCUUUUGUGAUUUGUACACAUCUAGUUAUCAAAAGCUAAAUUUGAGGUUUAAGAUUGAGUAUUCAUCAACCCCAAAGGGUAAUGAAAGUAGAUAUGUGUAUAAAUGUAAACGUGUUACCAUGUGUGCUAUCAUCUUAAAACGUGUUACGAAAGCUUCUGGAAUUUUGCACAUGUAUCUUCAUGAUUUAUAAAGCUUCUGUGAUCUCUAAUUUGGAAAAAUCCAUUGUGAUGAUUUUCAAAGUAAAGAAAAAAACAGGAUGUCUUUUUAAGGUUUUAAGUUCAUGCAUUAAAUAAAAUGUAUGGGAAAGCCCAAAGACAAACUUUCUAAUACCCUUUUAUACUAGGGAAAUUUCAUUCGCUGUUUUUUACCUUGGCAGAUGAUAAGACUGAAGUUCAUACUGUAAGAACUGUUUGCAAAAAUUGUCAAGUAAAAAGAAGCCCUGCCUGUAUCCAUAAAAGAUUCAUGAGCUAUUGUGUUGUCAAACUUUGAAGGUUUUAAACCUACCCAGAAGCCCACCUGGGUGCCUGGUAUUCAUAUUCUCUCUCUCUCUCUCUCUCUCUCUCCUUCUCUCCCUCUCUCCCUCUCUGCCUCUUUCUCCCCUUCCCCUCCCCAUCCCUCUUUCUAAUUAUGCUUGUUAAUCUUUAUGCACCAGCAUUGGCGAUAAUAAAUUUUCUUGUUCUGUGUCUUGCUUUGUCUAGUAGCUUUGCAUACAUACUUUAUACUCUCUUGCUGUGUGUGUCUCACUGCCUCCAUCUUGACAUUUAAGCACCCAGUGCUUACACCGUAAACCAGUUUCAAAAAAAUGGGUUCUGGAAAGUUAAAACAAAUUUCAAAUUUUUCUGGAAGACUUGGCCAGCCUAUAAAACCUGCUCUGAGAA